AUGUUGCCAAGUGGCGAAGCGUGCGAAUUUGAGAUACUACUGACUUUGAAAUGUACUACUAAAAUGGAUGAGAGUGUUGUGUUAGUCGCAAACUCGUUCACAAAAAUAGAUGAUGUCAUUAAGAAAUUAACAAUAACAACAACUUCAAAACUGAUAACACGACUUGAUCCAGACGAGUUGGUAGAGGAUAACAUACUUGGUGAAGGAUCUUUUGGAAUUGUUUACAAAGGGAUUUUCAGAGAAAAUAUUGUUGCAAUUAAAAAGAUGAAAUUAUGUGGUAUUGAAGACACAAUUGAAGAAUUUGAAAAGGAAGUGAAUAUGUUGGACAAAUUUCGGUAUAAGUACAUCGUCUACUUCUAUGGCGCAGUUUUGUACCAAACAAGACGUGUAUGGUCACCGAAUUUGCAAUAUGGAAGUUUACAAGACUUGAUAAAACACAAAACAAGUGAAGAAGUUGACAUGAAACUGAGAGUAAAAUAA